UUCGCGUCACUUAAUAGGCGCGAAAUGCUGGCGCCUCGUGUCGAUCACGGCCCGGCUCGGGGAGGACGCGCACACGCACGCACACACCUGUCUGGCCUCUUUCUCUCGACCUGACACCAAACGCGACCAGCGACGACCACGGCGACGCACGGACGUCCGCAGACAGCAUCUGAACGACUCUCAGCUCGGGGCCAGGAGGUGCCGCGAAGACACCGUGUCGAGAGACUGAAGAAGCUUCGGUCCGACCCAUAGCCGAGACGCACCGAGAGAUGGAGACGAGGGUCAUUAGUGCAGCCGUCUGCUGCAUCGUAGCGUUGGGCGCCUUGCGCGGCGUGAGGUGCGAAGAGCCCAAGUGCGAAGACACGACGCGCCGACACGCGCUCGUGCCCGAGUACACAUGCUCCGGCUUCACCAGCGCGGAGGACUUCGCGAAGCACUUCAAGAAGGCAGCCGAGCCCGGGGCGGACCUCUGGUUCAUCCUCAAGGACAGCAAGCUGGAUUACAUUCCCGCAGGAUUUCUAAGCGAGCACCGGGCAUCGAUGCUGGAGUUCAGCAAUGUCACCCUCGGGUCUUUCUUCGAGCCCGGCUCUAACCGCAGCCUCUUCUCUGGUCUGGAGCCGUCGCUCAAGCGGGUCACCUUCACGCUCGGCAGCACCCUGCCUAGCACGUGGGCCACCCUGCGCCCGCUGGGGAGGCUCGAGGAGCUGGUCUUCUUCGAGAUGACGGGCCUCAACCUGACCCGCGACUUCAACGAGCUGCCCGCCGGUUUGCGCAAGGUGGUGAUAGUCCGCACAGGAGUGGGCAGCGUCGACGACGACUGGCUGUCUUCGCUUCUGAACGUGGAGAACGUUCGCAUACAGAGCAGCACGCUGGACCGGUUCACCAGAAGCAUGCUGCCAAGGCCCGCGCCCAGGCUGCGCAAGCUCACCAUCGGGGACAGUUCUCUGAUGUCUUUGCCAGAGGACUUCGGCGCUGACUUUCCCGUCCUGAAACAAGUGAAUCUCCGUCAGAAUCUCAUAAGCAGCUUCAGUGAGCAGAGCCUGGCGCCGCUAAAGAAUAGCAACGCGACUGUUGUGCUGUCCGGAAAUCCGGUACACUGCGACUGCAAGAUGUCGUUCCUUCUCGCCUACCCGGACUCGUGGACGUACCCGGAAUGCGGCUCACCCGAAGCACUCAGCGGGGUUCCCCUCAGGGAGCUCACCCCGGAGAAGCUCGGUUGCACUGAGCAGAAAGAACCCUGAGAAAUUCAGCUGACUCGAACACCCACUUCACACCACAGAUGACAAUGAUAAAGAAGGUUUCAAACGGUA